UCCUUAUCACCACUUCCGGUAUCGAAUGGAACUCACUUUCCAUCAAACUUCCUUUAUGAAGCCUUGCAGGGCUUCAGCAUAGAAGGAUACAGGGAUGCGUCCAUAGAGAAUCAAGGCCAACAGCUGCUUUUGGUUUUGACCGGAAGACUAGACCGAGUGUCUCUCCACGUGCGUGCGGGAUCACGGAGUCUCAAGAGGCUCCCAAAGAGCAAGUUCUGUGUUAACUGGGAGGACUUGAGGAUAAGUGCCGCCGAGAGCCCCGCUUCAUUGUUUUAUGUCUAACAGAAACUUUGAAAAUGUCAGACUUUCUCCAUGCAGAAAACAAUCCAGACGUGGGGUCUGUAUAUAUUCGGGAAAAUGGGGAGCUCUAUAAAUUAAAUCCAGUUUCUGGUGGAGUAAACAACGCUGUUACAAAACCAAAGCCUUCAAGACUGUUUUCCAAAAGAUUCUCUGUUGAGCUCUGUAUGUACAAGGAAAAUGAUAAUGGCAGGACAGAUCACUUCAUCUUCACUUACACAAAGGAGGGAAAUCUCCGCUAUUCUGCUAAGUCUCUCUUCAGCCUAGUCCUGAGUUUCAUUGCAGACAACAUUCAUCAUGUUGAUUCAUUGAUAGGCUUUCCAGAGCAGAUUGGAGAAAAGCUUUUCUAUGCUGCUGAUGCAAGACAGAGAUUUACAGAGCCAAGAACAGGAUUCAGAGCUUUGCAAAAAUUUAUUGAUGCUUAUGGAAGUUUAGUUCUUCAGGUACUAUGUUUGAGAAAUAGAUAUCUGGUUAUUUCUGAAAAGCUUGAAGAAAUUAAAUCUUUUCGGGAUCUGACAUGUUUGGAUUUGUCAUAUUGUAAACUUGGAGAUGACCAUGAGCUGCUAGAACAUAUUACCAAGGAGACACUGUCUAGUCUAAUUCGGCUUCUUCUGAAAGAUAAUUGCUUAUCAGAUUCUGGUCUUCGCAAAAUGACAGCACCUGUCCGAGUGAUGAGAAAGGGGCUUGAAAAUCUUUCAAUAUUAGAUUUGUCUUAUAAUCCAGGAAUUACAAAUAAAGGAGUUAGUUUCCUUCUUUCCUUCAAAAAGCUAAAUUAUUUGGAUCUUUCUGGAACUGGCAUCAAGGACAGGAAGGUAGCAAUUCAGAGGAUCCAGGCUCAAAUAGAUCUAGUUUAUUCAGAAGUGCCUUUGAAAGAAUUUGAUCAUAGUUGCAAAACAGAGGGAUGGGCAGAACAGACACUUCUACAAUGGGAGCACAUCAUCCUUGAAGCAAUUAUGCCACAAAGAAGUUUGAAAUCCAGAAAAGCAGCUCAGCGUUUCUAUGGAAAAAGACCCAGGACUGAAGAACCUUUUGAGUCCCCUCUAGGAGAGGAGCAUAGAAAGACUUGUGGAAACUUACAGUUUUACAAAGAAACAGUACAGAUGUGCAGUUUGCCAUUACUUAAAAAAAAGACUGAAGAAUUACAAUGUGAAAGGACUCCUUCAGCUGAACUGAAAGAACAGAGCUUAACCACAAGACAUCUGGGCCUCUUGAGGGAAGACUGGGACUUACUAAAUAUGUAUUGAUUCUGAUGGCAAAAUUUCAAGCUCCAUACAAAAAUCUGGACCAUUAAAAAUAAAAUAUAGUGUUGAAAUAUCCAUCCUACUAAUAUGACAAACUAUUUCUACCUUUGGUGUGAAAGAACAAGAUUCUCAGAAAAGCGAUGAGCUCAUUUGACUUCUGAAAUGAGCCUUCACUUUUUUAAUAAACAUUCGCCUUUUGACUAAUAUGAAAUAUGUCAAACAGUUCAGAAGACUCCUGGAAUACUCUCAUUUCAAAGGGCUGCUCCACACCACUGUACAUCACUGUCUUACAGUUGAAAUGAUGAAGGUCCUCUGUUGUGAAACAUGGUUUUUGAGAUGUUAAAUAUGACAGUGUGAUGCCUGUGACUGAACACUUAGGGAUAUUUUCAGAGAUUCAAGCAAUCAUUUGGUGCUUUUCUCAGUUAGUGGUCUUAACUUGCCAAAUGAAGCCAUAGUAAUUGAAAAGGACUGUCGCUUAGCAUGGUUUUCCCGGUUUGUGUUAACAUUUCCAAGAUAGCAGCAAUUAAAAAUUGGAACUGGGAUGCUACACUGAUGUGUAUUUCUAAUGUGUUCCUGUAGAUAGGAGCAUUUAUAAACCCUUUAUGGUAGUACCUGUAAUGCCAUGCAUUGUCUGUAAACCACAUUCAGAUGUAACUAAAUAAACUAAACUGGAUUUAUGUUA